AUGACGAAACAAGUUGAUCUUCCCGUUCGUCCGACAGUCAUCCAGAGGACCAAGUCACAGCUUCGUCGUCGCGGUGAUCGCACACAAAACCCGGUGCAACUCCAGGCAUUUGAAUGGAACCUCCCCGCUGACCAUUCCCAUUGGAAGCGUUUGAGGUUAGCACUCCCAAGUCUAAGGGCUGUUGGUGUCAACAGCCUGUGGCUUCCUCCAGGAAGCAAGGCCAAGGAUCCGGAGAGUAACGGCUACGACAUCUACGAUGCGUGGGACCUGGGAGAGUUUGACCAGAAGGGCUCAGUACCCACGAAAUGGGGCACGAAGGAGGACCUGAUGGCGCUGGCUGCCGAAAGCAACAAGAACGGCAUCGGACUGGUGUGGGACGCGAUUCACAACCAUCGCGCUUAUGCGGAUGAGACUGAGAUGGUCAAGGUCGUCGAAGUUGACCCCAGAGAUAGACGGAUAGACAUCACAGACACGUAUGAGAUUGAGGCAUGGACGAAAUUCAACUACAAGGCCAGAGGUGGCAAGUACAGCACAUUCACAUACAACAAGACGCAUUUCAACGGCACCGACUGGAACCAGCAGAACAGCAAGAGAUCAAUCUACCGGUAUGUUGAGGAUGGAAAGAACUGGCACCAAGACGUCGGCACCAGCCAGGGCAACGCAGAUUACCUCAUGUUGGAGAACCUCGACUACACCAACCCCGAAGUUGUCAAGGAGUCGACAGAGUGGGGCCGAUGGAUCGUAGACGAGCUUGGUCUGAGAGGCUUCCGCGUGGAUGCGGUGCAACACAUCUCAUGGAACUUCAUCAAUGAGUGGACGAGGUACCUGAAGAAGACCAGUAGGCAAGAUCUGAUGUUUGUCGGCGAGUUCUGGCACGGCGACGUUCGGGUGUUGACGAACUGGAUGGACAAUAUGCAUUCGUUCUUCAGCCUGUAUGACGUCCCGCUGAUGUACCACAUCGCGAGACUGUCAUGGCAUGAGGAUCACGACUUGAUGGAGGUCUUCAAGAACACUUUGGUUGAGCAACGUCCCAAUAACGCAGUGACUUUUAUUCGCAAUCAUGAUACCCAGCGUGGCCAAGCUAUGGACACGCCUAUUUCAGCAGCAUUCAUGCCCCUCGCCUAUUCUCUCAUUCUCCUGCGACGAGACGGACACCCCUGCGUCUUCUUUGGCGAUCUCUACGGCACCGGCCUUCCCCACCUUGAGCCUUCUGUACCAGACCUCCCGAAUCUGCUCUUGGCCAGGAAGCUCUACGCCUACGGCAAGCAGAAAGACUACUUUGACAAGCACGACUGCAUCGGAUGGGUGAGACAGGGAACUGAGGAGCGACCCGAUGGUCUUGCUGUCGUCAUGAGCUGGACCCAAUCUCCCGAGGCCGAGUCCCAGAUUUGCAUGCAGGUUGGACGCGAGCAUGCUGGGGAAGUAUGGACAGACGUUAUGGGUCUGGAGACUGCCAACGUCAUGAUUGAUGAGAAUGGCCUGGGACUCUUCCCCUGCCAACGAAACAGCAUGGCAUGCUUCGUCAACAAGGACGCUAAGGGGAGGAAGAGGUUUCCUGUUCGAUUCGACACUGACUUCAACGGCCUGCUCAGCUAG